AUGGGUAAAAAGAGAGUGCUUGUUAGCUAUGGCGUUGAUAUUGAUGCUGUCGCUGGUUGGCUUGGAUCAUACGGUGGAGAAGACUCGACGAGCGAUAUAAGCAGAGGUCUCUGGGCUGGCACCAUAGGCACCCAGCGUCUGCUCAAGCUCUUUGACAAGUACAACAUCAAAGCAACAUGGUUCAUUCCCGGCCACUCGCUCGAUACCUUCCCAGAAGACUGCGCCGCCGUUCGAGAUGCAGGCCAUGAGAUUGGCCUCCAUGGAUACUCGCACGAGAACCCCGCCGACAUGACGUUUGAGCAGCAGCGUGAUGUCCUCGACAAAACCUACAAGCAACUGACUGCUUUCUGCAACGGCAAGCCCCCACGCGGCUCAGUAGCUCCCUGGUGGGAGACUUCUGCAGAAGGCACCGAGCUCUUGCUUUCCUACGGCAUCGAGUACGACCAUUCCAUGUCACACGAAGACCACCGCUGCUACUGGCUGCGCACCGGCGACCAGUGGACCAAGAUUGACUACACCAAAAAGGCCGAGGAGUGGAUGAAACCACUCAUCAAAGGAAAGGAGACUGGCCUCGUCGAGAUACCCGGUAGUUGGUACAUUGACGAUCUGCCGCCCAUGAUGUUCAUGAAGAAGAGUGCAAACAGCCAUGGCUGGGUCAAUCCGCGAGAUGUCGAGCAGAUCUGGAUGGACCAUUUCGACUACUUCUACCGAGAGUACGACGAAUUUGUCUUUCCCAUGACAAUUCAUCCCGAUGUGUCAGGCAGGCCGCAUGUUGUACUGAUGCACGAGAGAAUCAUCGAGCACAUCAACAAACACGAGGGCGUCGAGUGGGUGACAAUGGAACAGAUGGCGGAUGAUUUCAAAAAGAACAACAAAGUGCCCGAGGGCGCAAUGAUGCCCGCGCCCCGAGGAGAGAUUUUGAAGCUGCAAAAGGAGGGCAAGGCGUAUUCUCUUGUCGACUAUGAUGGGCCUAUGCCACAAUAGCGUGCAAACAGUAUCACAGGCUACUCAACGCAUCAACUCUCG